AUGGUGUUCCCCGACAACGCCACCAUCACCGCCCUGACCUGCUGCAACGGGGAGGAGGCGACGGGCGUGAUGUUCAACCUGACCACGCCCGAGGGCGAGGCGGGGGCCUGCGCUUUCCUCCUGGGCUCCGCCUUCAUGUCCGAGGCGCUGGGGGAGAACUACACCAACCCAGACACCAGCGAGCAGCAGGCGGAGGCCACGGCCGCCUUUGAGGAGAGCAGCGCCGUGUACGACGCGCUGCCGGGCAUCGAGCUGCCCGCGCUGGUGGUGCAGGGGGCGCAGGACCUCAUCAUCCCCCCCCAGAACGCCCAAGUGCUGGCCGACCGCCUGCCGCAGGCCCAGCUCAGCGUGUAUCCGGACGCCGGGCAUGGCCUGUGGGCCCAGGAUACUGAGCGUUUCGCCUCGGAGGUCAACGCUUUCCUCAAGACCCUCUCCUCUGGCGGAGCCCCCGCCCCCACCCCCGCUGCACCCGCGCCGGCGCCGACGAGCGCCGGUGAGGGGCGCCGCCGGCUGGGCGGCUGGCUGGUGGCCGCAGCGCUGGCGCUGGCAGCGGCGCUCUGCUGA